CCGGCAGGCGGCAGCAGCAACUACGGCGGCGGCGGCAGAACCCAGCAGUGAUGUGGAGGUGGAGACCCACAGGAGCCCCGGACUUCACCUGAGCUACCUCAGGAUUUCCUGAGGUCUUGAGAUCUGAUACUUCACAGUGCCCUCACCUGAGAUCCCGUAGAAGAGGAGUUAAGGGAAAUUUUGUCUGCAGUGUCCCAAUAUCCAGAGCCCUAUGGUCACCAAGGGUGGCAAGAAAAAGAAGAAAGCCCUGAGUUGGGGGGGACCAGGAUGCCUGACCGGGACAGCUAUGCCAACGGCACUGGGAGCAGCAGUGGAGGCCCUGGAGGCGGUGGCAGUGAGGAGGCCAGUGGGGCAGGGGCGGGCAGUGGCGGGGCCAGCUCAGAUGCCAUCUGUAGAGACUUCCUGAGGAAUGUGUGCAAGCGAGGCAAGCGUUGCCGCUAUCGCCAUCCAGACAUGAGUGAGGUAUCCAACUUGGGGGUGAGCAAAAAUGAGUUCAUCUUCUGCCAUGACUUCCAGAACAAGGAGUGUAGCCGCCCUAACUGCCGAUUCAUCCAUGGCUCCAAGGAGGAUGAGGAUGGUUAUAAGAAGACAGGAGAGCUUCCCCCUCGGCUGAGGCAGAAAGUGGCAGCCGGCCUAGGCCUUUCACCAGCUGACCUGCCCAAUGGCAAAGAGGAGGUCCCUAUCUGCCGCGACUUUCUCAAGGGUGACUGCCAGAGAGGAGCCAAGUGCAAGUUCCGCCACCUGCAACGGGAUUUUGAGUUUGAUGCUCGGGGUGGAGGUGGCAGUGGUGGUGGCGGGUCAACAGGCCCGGUCCCCCCAGGACGACGUCAUGACCUCUAUGAUAUCUACGACCUCCCUGACAGGGGCUUUGAGGACCAUGAGCCAGGCCCCAAGCGCCGCCGAGGUGGAUGCUGUCCCCCAGAUGGCCCCCAUUUUGAAUCCUAUGAAUAUAGCCUGGCUCCACCCCGAGGGGUGGAGUGCAGACUGCUGGAGGAGGAGAAUGCCAUGCUCAGGAAGCGGGUGGAGGAGCUAAAGAAGCAGGUCAGCAACCUGCUGGCCACCAAUGAGGUACUGCUGGAACAAAAUGCCCAGUUCCGCAAUCAGGCCAAGGUCAUGACCCUGAGCUCUACUGCACCAGCGACGGAGCAGACUCUGGCCCCCACCGUGGGCACUGUCGCCACUUUUAACCAUGGCAUUGCCCAGACUCACACUACUCUCAGCAGCCAGGCUCUACAGCCUCGCCCCGUAUCCCAGCAAGAACUGGUGGCCCCCACUGGAGCUCCGGCUGCUCCCCCAACUAAUGCUGCACCUCCUGCUGCUCCACCACCCCCACCCCCACACUUGAACCCAGAGAUCACGCCAUUGUCAGCGGCUCUGGCUCAAACAAUUGCCCAGGGAAUGGCACCCCCACCUGUCUCCAUGGCUCCCGUGGCUGUAUCUGUGGCUCCUGUGGCCCCUGUGGCUGUAUCGAUGGCCCAGCCCUUGGCAGGAAUCACAAUGAGCCACACCACCACUCCCAUGGUGACUUACCCCAUCGCUUCCCAGAGCAUGCGUAUCACAGCCAUGCCACACUGAGGGGGCUAACGGACACUCCCCUGGUAUAGCCUCCCAGGGCUGGGGUCAAGGGGCCCUUACCCGCUCGCCUAGCCCUCCCAGGCCCUGUCUAAAGGGCUCACUCAAGAACUAGAACGAGAGACUCCGAGGAGUUUGCUUCUGAGAAGGGGUUGGGCUGGUCUGUUUUCUCUCACCUCCCUUUUAUGAGGGUCCUCUUGUCCAUCUUCCUUCAAGCCUCACAGAGGGGGCUUGCAUAGGAGUGCAGACUGAAGCCAGCAGAAAGGAAGGACUGACCGAGGGGCUGUAUGUCCCCUGAUGGGAAGACGGGGACAUCCUGGUCUUGUCCUCUCUCCUUUAUGGCACAGGUUCCAGCACUGGCUUUGUAAGA